AUGACAUCCCCUCUACCCAUCCGGACCUGGCCCUUGAUCCUGAUUCUGCUGGCUGUCCUGGCCCCAGGGGCUGCAGACUUCAACAUCUCAAGUGUCUCUGGUCUGCUGUCCCCAACGCUAACGGAGAGCUUGCUAGUUGCCUUGCCCCCCUGUCACCUCACAGGAGGGAAUGCCACACUGACGGUCCGGAGAGCCAAUGACAGCAAAGUGGUAAAGUCCAGCUUUGUGGUGCCUCCAUGCCGCGGGCGCAGGGAGCUGGUGAGUGUGGUGGAUAGUGGGGCUGGCUUCACAGUCACUCGGCUCAGUGCAUACCAGGUGACAAACCUUGUGCCAGGAACCAAAUACUACAUUUCCUACCUAGUGAAGAAGGGGUCAACUACUGAGUCCAGUAGAGAGAUGGCGAUGUCCACGCUUCCACGAAGGAAUGUGGAGUCCAUUGGGCUGGGAAUGGCCCGGACAGGGGGCAUGGUAGUCAUCACAGUGCUGCUCUCCAUCGCCAUGUUCCUGCUGAUUCUGGGCUUCAUCAUCACCCUGGCACUGGGUACCCGCAAGUGA